AUGCCCCUGCGAUCUCGGUAUGGAGCGUGUAAGCGUCCGUCUCUGGGCAGUCCAUCUGUAGCUGCCCUGAAGCUUUUUGUCUCGGCUUUGAAAGAAAAUUGCGUGAUCGCCAAUUUACCGCGGGGAUCCACCUACAAUUUCAGCCUCUGUAACCACGACGAGAUACAAGAGGAUCUCCUAAACGUUUUGGAUCCAAACAUGACCGUUAAACAAGAGGUCCACACGUACAACGUGAAGAAGCUUGGUAUUGUUGCAGUGAGUAAUGCUUUGCCACAAGACAUUACAUGUUUGGCAGCAGAUCGCAUGUUGAUAUUUGCUUCAUACGACAAUAUUCUCCAUGCUUUUGCCAGGAACAAAGAGGUGGUUCAUACAUAUGGAGGUCACAAGGCAAGGAUACACCUUCUGCAGCCUUUUGGUGAUCAUGUCAUCUCUGUGGAUGUUGACAACAUUCUUAUUGUUUGGAAUAUCCAAUCAGAAGAGGAGUAUCUUCAAGUGGAUUUUGAUAAGACUACUUUUGCAGUUUCUGCAAUUCUGCAUCCCAGCACCUAUUUGAAUAAAGUUCUUCUUGGGAGUGAACAAGGGAGCUUGCAACUAUGGAAUAUAAGAUCCAACAAACUGUUAUACUCAUUUUCAGGAUGGCACUUAGCAGUCACAACUCUUGAACAAGCUCCAGCAGUGGAUGUUGUUGCAGUUGGUCUUGUAUCUGGUCAUAUCAUUGUACAUAAUAUUAAGUUUGAUGAAACUCUGAUGAAAUUUCAUCAAGACUGGGGUCCCAUCACAGCAAUAUCUUUUCGUACAGAUGGACACCCCGUAAUGGCAGCUGGUAGCCCAGUUGGGCAUAUUGCUUUGUGGGAUUUAGAAGAGAAGAAACUCAUGUGUCAGAUGCAAGAUGCCCAUUCCACAGCAAUAGCUGGUAUGUCAUUUGUCCCUGGAGAGCCACUUCUUAUUACUAAUGGUGCUGAUAAUGCUAUACGGGUGUGGAUUUUUGAUGGACCUGGUGGUACAGGACGUAUACUGAGAAGCCGAAUGGGACACAGUGCACCACCAACAAAAAUCAGAUACCAUGGGCAAAAUGGAGAGCAAAUUCUUAGUGCAGGUCAAGAUGGGACACUGCAGUCUUUUUCAACAGUUCAUGAAAAGUUCAAUAAAAGUUUAGGACGUGGUUCAAUUAACAAAAAGAAAUCAAAAAAGAAAGGUCUUAAGCUUGAUACGAUGGUUCUUCCACCAAUUACAGUCUUUGCUUCGGAGGUGGCACAUCAGAGUGACUGGGAUAAUAUUGUUGCCUGCCAUCAAGGGUACAUAACCUGUACAACCUGGAACUAUCAGAAAACUUCCAUGGGUGCUCAUAAACUGAGGCCAGAAGAAUUUAGCAAGCACAAACCUAUUGAUAUAUAUGCAACAGCAGUUGACAUGACCUCAUGUGGGAACUUUGCUGUAAUUGGGCUGUCAACUGGACGGGUAGAUGUGUAUAACAUGCAGUCUGGCAUUCACAGAGGUCUUUAUGGCAAAGAAAGAGCACAUGAGGGGGCCAUUAGGGGGGUAGCAGUGGAUGGAUUAAACCAGCUGGUAAUCACAGCUGGUAGUGAAGGAUUAAUUAAAUUUUGGAAAUUCAAAACUAAACAUCUCAUUUACUCCACUGAGCUUUCUUCUUCUCCAAGUGGACUCCUGCUUCACAGAGACAGUGGUAUUCUGGGAAUUGCCUUUGAUGACUUCAGUAUUAAGGUUUUGGAUAUAGAAACCAGGAAGAUUGUCAGGACAUUCUCAGGACACCAUGGACGGAUUAAUGACAUGACUUUCAGUCCUGAUGGUCGUUGGAUAAUAACUUCAUCAAUGGACUGUACCAUUAAGACUUGGGACCUUCCUUCUGGAUGCCUCAUAGAUUGUUUUUUGGUAGACUCUGCAGCUGUGAGCCUUACUAUGUCUCCUACAGGAGAUUUUCUAGCUUCAACACAUGUGGAUGAUCUUGGAAUUUAUUUGUGGUCAAAUCGUUCUCUGUAUUCAGUUGUGUCUUUACGGCCCCUUCCAGCAGAUUAUGAACCAUCUGUGGUGACACGCCCUAGCACUCUCCCGGUGCAAGAUGUGGAUGUCGCAGGAGAUGAAGAAACAUGGGAUGAAAUGAUAGAAUAUGUCUCACCGGAGCAAUUGGGAGAGCAGCUGGUGACCCUCUCCUCAUUACCAGAAUCAAGGUGGAAAAAUCUUCUCAGUCUUGAUAUUAUCAAGAAAAAAAAUAAACCAAGAGAGCCACCAAAAGUACCCAAGUCAGCCCCUUUCUUCAUCCCAACAGUUCCUGGUCUUAUACCCCGAUACAUUGCUCCAGAGGAAGGAAAUGUUACACAGUCAAAGGUGGUAAAUCUUGGAGUACUGGCGCAGAAAUCUGAUUUCUACGUUCAUCUUGAAGAAGCCCUGAGCACUAAUGAAUAUACAGCUCCACUGAGGUUACUGAAAAGUUUGGGACCAUCUAAUAUUGAGAUAGAACUAAGGGGUUUAGCCCCUGAAGGUGGUGGAUCAAUGGACGUGAUGCUAAGCUUUUUGAGAAUGAUUGAGAUGAUGCUUAACAAGAAGUACAACUUCGAACUUGCUCAAGCAUACCUUGCACUAUUUUUAAAGUUACAUCUUAAGGUUCUCUCGUCAGAGCCAAACCUAUUGGAAGAAGUAUCCAGAUUGUCAAUGCAACUCGAGGAAACUUGGAUUCAUUUGCGGACUCUCUUCAAUCAGAGUCUCUGUGUGUUAACAUAUGUGAAAAGUGCUUUGCUGUAAAAAAGGAUUUUGUCUGCAUAAAAUUCCCUUGGAAUAAUAGUACAAUUUAGUAAUAAAAAUACUGGAUUCCAAGAAUUAUACUGGACCUUCUGAUGCUGUAUUUUAUACAUCUGUUUAUGGCAGAGUAUUUUAGAAUGUGCAUAACUGAGUGUUCAGUUGGAGCAAAAAUUAAUAUGUGCAGCUUAAAUAUUCAUGUUGGUUUAGUUUGUGUUGUUGGUGAACAAACAGUAGAAUGGCUAUAGGUAAUGUAGCUAAUUAGUUACCUUAUACUUUCCUGACUGAAAAUGUAAAUCAGAAUGAAGAAAUUACUUGGGGAGAGGGAAAAGUGAAAAUGUAAUUUCUGUGCAGAAGACCAAAACCUAUAUUAUGCUUAAUAAAUAGUUAUUGUUGAAGCAAAAAUA